AUGUCCAAGAAAGCAGGCACUCCUGCUUACGCGCCGGUCUACGUGGAGAGCAAGCUCUUAAAGCUUGACGACGUGUCGGUCGCCCAUGAUUCCGGCCAUCGGGACGUCGAUGAGGAUCGUGUCCUGGAGUUGUAUGAGAAGGUGAUUUUGGCCGGUCGUUGGGGCCAGGCUUCGUUGUCCCGACCGAAGCUGAGGUAUGAUCCUGCUGGUCGUCCUAUGGCCGCAUCUGAUGGCCGGUCGAAGCUGGCAGAUGGCAAGCACUGUAUCGCAGCGUUGAAGAAAGCUGCUGAGACGGUCGCUCAGUCCGAUGAUGCAACGCAGCUCGAGUGGUACACAGGUGAGAUCAAGGACAUUCUGACGGUCGGAAUGCGUUUUGAUUGCAUCAAAUUCUCGGAUGAUGAUGAGGCGGCGGUCAAGCUCUUCUACACCAUGGCCCAUGAGCAGGAGGCCAACAAGUUGCGGACGACGUCGGUCGAGCACAAGAUCAAACUUGUGCGUGCUUAUGUCGCCAAAGACGCCGAGAACGCCAUGGUGGAAAUUUUGGGCAAGUCACGCCGGUCAACAAUCCACAACUGGUGCAAAGCGACUGCAGUGUUAAAAGAGCCGGUCCUGAUCAAGCUGAAGGAGAAGCCCGACCUGCCACAGGGACUUGUUUUCACGAACAAGUACUUCGUCGGUCAAGGAGAAGAGACACGCUUCCUCCUGGAACCCGAGCAGCAGAUUGCACAGUUGUGGUGUCAGUUGGUCAUGAAGAAGUACUCGUCGGUCGUGAGCCGCCUACCAGCGUAUGACCGCUGUCAGAAGAUGCUGUGGAGUGAGCGUGGACGGACCUGCAUGCGUCUUGGCGUCGGUCUGUCUGGUGACCCGAAGAUCGAGGUGGAUGAAGCCGAAAGUGCUGUGGAUGCGGCCAAAGCAACGGUCACAGAGCACAAGCUGGUCGUUGAGGGGGGAGACGACGAGUCUGGGAUCUUGGCUGACGACAUCACGAUGGAGGCCCCACUGGUGGAGAAGGAUCCUGUUCUUGAAAAAGCUGAGGAGCUCGGCUUGUCGGUCCGCUCCAACAUUCAUCUGUUUCAUGACAUGAAGACCUUUGGUGAUGGCUUCGUCGGUCUAUGCCGGGCGACGACCCGUGGCGGCAUUUACAUCGAUGAGGCCACGUCGAAGGCCAAGAUCAUUUUGGGGGACAUGGCAGAGUUGUGGAAGGUCGUCACGUCGGUCGUAGAUCGGCAAUACGUGUCCAUGGGCAUCUUCUGUGGAAAGCGCCACGACUUAGUGACGUUGGUCGUGACAGGGACGGUCGACCCUCCAUUGAAGCGCCUUCGAGUCAAAACCUUCUUGAAAAACUUAGAUCAGAGCCGGUCGCGAUGGAAGCAGAUGUCAAAAAAGGAGAAACAACCCUUUGUGGACGCGGCGGUCAAGGAUCACAGAAAGCACAACGCCCUCAAGAGGGAGCUCGCUCAUCCUCCAGUGGAAGUCGACUCGCCGGUCAGAGACCCGAAGCCUGAGAAUGAUAGUGACCAGCAGCCACCGGUCGAUGAGAACCUCGUCAAUGAAUUGAGGUUCUCCUUUGAAGGCAUGGCACUUUCCAGUCGGUCGACCCUGGGACAAGGCGCCCAUGGCACAGUUUACCGCUGUGAAAACUUGAUGGGAACGGAGUUCGCAGUGAAGUUGCCGGUCGGCAGCAGGGACGUGAAGAGGGAGCUAGACGUUCUCCUCAGUCUACGCCACCCAGCCAUCCUGCAUUGUUAUGGGCCAGUCAUGUCGGUCGACGGAGGUCUCGUGGGCCUUCUUUUGGAGUAUGUGCCGGUGACAUUGGACGCUUGGCUGAAGACGCAGCCCAAGGCCGCAAAGUGCCCACACAAAUGGCAUCUGAUGGUCGAUCUUGCACAUGGACUCCACCCGCUGGGCGACUUCGGCCUCACUGAGCCGGUCGGGACAGCUGUCUAUGGUGACGAGGUGUACUCUGCAGCGUACAGACCUCCGGAGCUUAGCGGGUCACAGGAACCCGGUCGUAGCUUUGCUGUAAGGGUGAGGUUGGCACCCACAGCUGAUCUUUGGGCGGUCGGGUGUCUCUUGUUUGCGAUCUUCACAACAUCGACACUGUGUCAUUUGUUUGUCACAGUGAAGGUGCUGUAUGACAUGUCCUUCAUCAAUUCCCGAAUUGAUAAGAACGUGCCGGUCGUCUCUGGCGCUCAAGAAGACAUAAGAGCUUUCUUGAAAAAGCUGCCGAACGAGCGACAGCAGCUGAGGCUUUUCAUUAUUGCUGCAGAGGCGUACGUCAUCACCUUCACUGCCGGUCCAGAACAGUCCCGGAAUCGUCGACCGACUUACAUGGUCUAUUCACAGUCGGAGUUGUCGGUCUCUGCGAAGGAGGUGGUGCCGAGCCAUGUGACUGUCAACAAAUGCCGGUCAUUUGCCUAUGAGAAGUUACAGAUGCGCUGCACCGACUACAAUUGCAAGCUCAGGCCGUGCAAACCCAUGACAGACAUGCCGGCCCAUCCCACAGAGGAGUUGCCGGUCAGUGACCAAGAGCAGCCAGAGGAUAGCAAGACGUUGGACACCACAGAGGAAGCCGGUCCUGACACACAGGCGGUCGAAGCGUCCGUCGACAAGAAGUAUCCUGUGGAUUUGUGGUUGGUGGCCAAAUGCUGGGAUCACCAUGCGUCGGUCGUGCGAGAAGUCUUCCGUGGUGAUCAGUGCAGGUGGAUGGCGGUCUCCACACGCACAGCCCAUCCUUCCAUCUUCGUUGGGGUCCAGUCGGUCGUCUCCACAGUCAUAGGAAUGCAUGUUAAGCUCAGGCACUCCAUGGCACAUGGCCGAGUCUUGCUCGACGACAUGUGCACCGCCCUGAAACUGGAUGAAGCUAGCCGGUCAUUGAACUUGAAGCGCAAGGUGACAGACAUCCCGUGUGUGCCGGUCUUUAACCCCUAUGCAGCAGAGGGCUCAGUGUUCAAGCUGUUGGAGAUUCCGGUCGAGAGUAUCAACAAGUCGGUUGCAAACUACAAUGACAUGGAGAAGAAAUGCAACGAUCUCACACAUGAGGAGCUGGUCAAGUAUGACCUGGGAUUGUCGGUCAUCGACGGUCAUGUUGCACUCAUCACGACUGUCCCUAAAAAGGAGGGGGACUUGAUAUGCACAUGCAGUGCUUUGCAUUUCGACAACAUGGCAAGCCUCUUGUCGGUCGUGAACUCCGACAAAGUGAACCUCGCCAAGAAUCCUGUGCUCAGGACGGACUGCGUCGGUUUGACAGAGGAUCGCUCCUCGUCGGUCUGGUCACUGUUAAUUGGGGCUGCUAGCCACGUCGCCCCGCUCAGUAAAGCCGCAAAGCGAGCAAACGCGGCCUUCAACUUUGACAUCAGCCAGGGCGCCUCUGACGGUCUCAUCGCAUUGGUCGUCAAGACACGGCAUGGGUGUGGCAUUGCUGCAAAGUCGGUCGUGUCGGUCGACCUGGGUCCAGACUAUGAUCCGUCACAAGCCACGCCGGUCGAGCUCGCUGCCAGCAAGAAGCAGUUCAUGGAUAAGUGGUUUCAGGAGCCUGUGAAUGAGCCGCCGGUCAAGGAAGAGACAACAGUGGAGCCAGCUGGCAAAAAAACCCGAACCUCAGAGGCCAAGGCCAAGCCUUCGCCGGUCGCACCGGCUCCGGUCACUCCGGCUCCCGCUACUGGUCCAGUGCCGGUCGACAAGCCAGCCCCGUCUGCUGCAGCUGAGACUUCGCCGCCGGUCGUCAAAGCUGAUGUAACAGCCCCGGAGCCGGAGCUGAACCCUGCGUCGGUCGCCAAUUUCAUCGUGGGUGAUGCCACGUUUCGCUUGGACUUGCAGAACUUGAGGAUCCUUUUGCCGGUCGGAACCUCCACCAACAAGAGGCUGCCUCCAGGCACAAUUGUGUACACUCUGGAUUGCAGCGCCGGUCGUUUCCGCAAAAACUCCAGUGCUGUCGGUCUGGAGUACAAGCUGACCUCUUCGAAGGACAAGGUCAUGGUCAAUGGGAAGCAAGUGACGGUCGCAGACGCGGUCGCCAGCCUCAAGUCGAACUCCGUUUGGGAGCACAUCCCGCCUUCCUUCACCCAAGGUUCCCUCCCAUCGGCCGGUCUGAAACCUAACCAGCAGAUGGUUUGGGUUCCAGGAGAUGACGCGUCGGUCGUGAUGGCCCAGCUCAACAAGGCCACGGAUGCUUCUUGGAGGUGGGUGAUGAAAAAUGGCAGCAAAGGGAGUCUCACGCCGGUCAAAGCUUGCCUAGUGAUCGACAAACAGCUGAUCAUUCCCGGCAAGCCGGGACAUCUCGGCUUGCUUGUCGGUCGCGAAGUCGGUCACUGA